CCUCCCCAGUUUUUGUCAACGUGCUCGCAUCGACCCCUUCCCACGCCCCCACAGCCCCCGCCCAGCGACAGCGCAGAAGCGAAGCGGUUAAGCGGAGGGGGAGCGACUCUCUGAGAACUCAUUUCAAUGGCGGCGAUCACCAAAGUCUACAUCGUGUACUAUUCCAUGUAUGGACAUGUGGAGAGGCUGGCUGAAGAGAUAAAGAAGGGGGCUGCCUCUGUUGAAGGAGUUGAAGCACAAUUAUGGCAGGUGGCUGAGACGCUGCCAGAGGAGGUGCUUGCAAAGAUGAGUGCACCUCCCAAGAGUGAUGUACCAAUCAUUACACCAAACGAUCUUGCUGAGGCCGAUGGAUUCGUUUUUGGUUUCCCAACAAGAUUUGGUAUGAUGGCUGCUCAAUUUAAAGCCUUCCUCGAUGCAACUGGAGGUUUGUGGAGGACACAAAAGCUUGCAGGCAAGCCCGCUGGAAUAUUCUAUAGCACCGGAUCUCAAGGAGGUGGGCAGGAGACCACAGCGUUGACUGCCAUCACACAGUUGGUCCACCAUGGGAUGAUUUUUGUCCCCAUAGGAUACACCUUUGGGGCCGGCAUGUUUGAGAUGGAGAAGGUAAAAGGUGGUAGUCCAUAUGGCGCAGGGACUUUUGCCGGUGAUGGCUCAAGACAACCCUCUGAGCUGGAGCUGGAGCAAGCUUUUCAUCAAGGGAAGUACAUCGCUGCCAUCACAAAGAAGCUCAAGGGAGCUGCCUAAAGUGACCCGAAUGAUUUGCCAAAUCAUUGUGCUUAUCCUAUAUCUCGAUUCUUUUUACAAACGAUUUCAGAUCCUACCUUAAAACUCAGUCCAGUCAAUAAUUCUGUUGUGUGAAGUAUAUUCUUC